AUGGCGGCUCGGGCUCAGGCCCUGGCGCUGGCGCUCUGGGGCUGGGCGCUGGUCCCGGCGGGGGCCCUGGACGCCAUGGGCCCCCACGCGGCCGUCCGUCUGGCCGAGCUGCUGACCCCGGAGGAGUGCGGCCAUUUCCAGUCGCUCCUGAAGGCGCCGGAGCCGGACGUCGAGGCCGAGCUGGCCCGGCUCUCUGAGGACCGGCUGGCCCGCGCCGAGCCGCCGGAGUCCACGUCCGUGCCGCCGGGCCGGCUGUGGCGGCGGCGGCGGGCGGCGGCCGAGCCCGCGGAGGUGUCGGACGGCUGUCGGGAGAAGCUGGCGGCCUGGCUGGCGGCGGAGGCCUCGACCCUGUCUUGGGACCGCGUGGUCCGGGCCCUGCGGCGCAGCGGCCGCCCCGACGUGGCCCGGGAGCUGGGCAAGAACCUCCACCAGCAGGCGACGCUGCAGCUGCGCAAGUCCGGCCAGCGCUACAUGCGGCCGCCCGCCGCCGGCCCCCCGGACUGGGACGCGCUGCAGCUGAUCGUGGAGCGUCUGCCCCAGGGUCCCUACGAACGCAGCCCGGCCGGCUGGGUCGGGCCGCUGGCGCUCGGCCUCCUCACCGGCUUCGUGGGGGCGCUGGGCGCCGGGGCGCUGCUCGUCGUGCUCACGCUGUGGGUCACGGGCGGCGACGGCCCCGGCCCCGGCCCCGGCCCUCCCCGGCGCAGGCUGGCCCAGGCGCGCGGCGCGGGGGAGGCGAGGCCGCUCCUGUCUGCGGAGCUCGAGCCGAGGGCCCGGGCGGCUGCGCGCGGGCCGGGGCGCCCCUCGCCUCAGUGCCCCCGGCUGUGA